UCCCCAUGUUCCUAUUUCGGAUAUGCCGAGCAGUUUACACCGUAAUUUCUACCGCGAAAAAUGUCGUGAAGUCGGGGUCUCUCGGUGGUCCAUCAAAUAAGUAGAAUAUCAAGAUAUCCCUGCAGGAUGAGUUGAAUUCUCAAGUCUUUCAAUUCCUUUUCAAAGACCACGCGUCACCUACUUGAAGCGAAAAAGAUCCAAGACCAAAGACAACUUAGUCAACACAUCUCUUCAUCAUCUUUAUUUUUCAUUCCAGCAGACAUGUUCACACGACUAGUUCUUUCACAGCGGCACGACCCUUCGUCGUCCACCGAGGCACCGCUGUUAGUCAACGGAGGGGACCUCACCAUCGCCGGCGUUGUGGCAGUCUCAAGACAUCUGGCGCCCAUAGAACUCACAAGCGCCUCCAUCAACGCCAUUGAAGCAUGCAGUAAGAUCAUCCCGGAGAAGAUCGACAAGGGGGAUGUCAUCUACGGCGUCAACACGGGGUUCGGCGGCAGCGCGGACGCCAGGUCCAACGACGUCGAGAGGGUCCAGCAGAGCCUGAUCAGCCACCUGACGUGUGGGAUCGUGUCAGAUGCCAGGCAGAAGAAGCUCGCUCUGACGAACAAGGCGUAUUCAAGGCAGAACCCUACCACCAACGGGCACUCAAGCCAUUCCAACGGUGAAGAGGCUGCUCAUCCCGCCACGAACGGCAAAACUUGCAACGGGACAAAACGACAAUGGUUUUCGGGUGAAAGCCGAAGCGCGCUUCCGCUGAACGAUCCUCUCGCCGCCACCUGCAUGCCCGAGUCAUGGGCGAGGGCGUCGAUGCUCGUCCGCCUCAACUCCCUAGCCGGCGGUGCGUCAGGCAUCCGCGUAGAUAUCGCGGAAUCCCUGAAGAACCUCUUGAACAAGGAUGUCGUGCCGCGAAUCCCCGUCCGCGGGAGCAUUUCAGCAUCGGGAGACCUCAGCGCGCUCGCGUGGAUCGGCGCCCUGAUGCAAGGCAAAACAUGUGCCACGGCUUUCAGCGGCCCGCGAAACGUCGAGGGCACAGCGGCCAGGAGGGUAAUGAGGGCGGACCUGGCCUUGUCGGAAGCCGGCAUCGCGCCCGUCAGCUUGCACGCCAAGGAGGGCCUCGCCAUCGUCAACGGCACCUCCGUGUCGGCCGGAGUGGCGGCUCUCGCGGCCUACGAGUCCCUCAACCUUGCGGCCCUGUCGCAGGUGUUGACCGCCAUGAGCGUCGAGGCCCUCCGGGGCAGCGAUGAGAGCUUCGAGCCCUUCAUCGCCCGGAUUCGUCCGCACCCCGGGCAGGUGGACAGCGCACGGAACAUCAAGGCGUUCUUGAACGGGUCGCGGCUGCUCAACCGGCACGACAGCCGGGAUGCGGCGACGCUGCGACAAGAUCGGUACUCGCUGCGGACGGCCAGCCAGUGGAUCGGCCCCGUGCUGGAGGACUUUUGCCUGGCGUACCAACAGCUGACGGUCGAGCUCAAUUCGGUGACGGACAACCCGCUGAUCGACGUGGAGACGGGCCGCGUGUUUCAUGGGGGCAACUUCCAGGCGCGCGCCGUCACAUCGGCGGUCGAGAAGCUUCGUCAGGGCUUGCAGACCAUCGGCCGCAUGCUCUUCACCCAGUGUACCGAGAUGAUCAACCCGGCCACCAGCUGGGGCCUGCCGCCCAACCUGUGCUCCGAGGACCCCAACGAUUCGUUCCUGUUCAAGGGGCUUGACGUUGUCAUUGCCGCCCUGACCUCCGAGCUCGGCUUCCUGGCCAACCCCGUCGGGUCGCAUGUCCAGACCGCCGAGAUGGGCAACCAGUCCCUCAACUCCCUGGCGCUGGUGUCGGCCCGAUACACCCUUGACGCCGUCGACGUGCUGUCCCAGAUCGCGUCGGCGCAUCUUCUGGCUGUGUGUCAAGCUUUGGACCUGCGCGCAAGAGAGAUGGAGGGGGCCGGUCGAGACGACGACGACGACGACGCGGCGCCGGACGCGACGCCGUACAUCGGCCAGGCAUCGAGACGCAUGUACCGUUUCAUACGGCACGACCUUGGCGUCCCGUUCCUUGGCGAGGAGCACCUGGCCUCGACCGAUCCCGUGGUCGUGGACGGCGUCUCGCCGAGCAUGGGACUGUAUAACACGCGUGUCUACGAGUCCAUCCGGUCAGGACGCCUGUACGAGGUCGUUCUGGACUGUCUUGAAGAGGUGGAGGAGCAACGAAAUGUCAAUGGGAGCCAUGCUUAGAACUAACUACAUACACUCUCAUUUUCUUCUUGGACAACUCUUCACAACGGACACAUGGUUCCCCUGUCAUGUUGUCAAAGAAGACUUUGAGGGAUGUUCUUCCCUUAGUCUUGGAAGAGACAGAUCGAUCGGUUAUAUAGAAU